AUGACGAAAUUUUCAAAUAGCCUUAUUGCGAGUUUCUGGUUAGGUAAAGAGUUACAAUCGAAUGAUAUUAUACGAAAAGAAGAAGUUAGGGCUACUCUAAACACCUGGCAAAGUUGUCUGAGUCUUCGCGUAAGACAGUUGCUCUUAUUUGAAGACGAAUGUAAUAAAAGUUUUAAGGAAUUGGUUUUAUCAGAUAAUAAUAAUAGCUCUGUAAUAUGUGAGAAAGGUUUACUUAAAGAAAGUGUGUUUGUAGGGUUGCGGAAUGACAAUGUUCCCUAUGAUACUUUAGAAGCGGAACCUUUCACUAAAGCGUCAAAUAUAAUAAAAUCUAUUGCGCGUCAAAUUUCGAAAUUUUUCGAUUUUAACAUAAUAUCCACAAAUGACUUUUUGAAUUUGUAUCAUGAUGAACUGAAGUGGUGUGAAGAUUAUGGUGUGUAUAAAAAAUGUAUUGAACUGUAUCUUGAAGAAGAUUAUUUUACAGUUUUAUUGAUGGUAAUAUCGAAUUUGGAGCGAAUAUUGGGUGAUAUCAUUUAUUCCCUUUAUAACGAUUCAUCCUUUAUUCCCUCACUUCUUCGUGAUUUACUCAUAGCGCCAUCUCUCGUUUCAAUUUUUGGAGAAGAUAUGAUCUUUUUUCUUAGGUGUAUAAUUGGACCUCCAAGUUCGAUGAAUUUAAGAAAUGUACUUUGGCAUGGUUUCAUUAAUCCUCAUGAGUUUUUACCAAUCCCAGCUAAAUGGUAUUGUUCGCUCAUGUUAACUAUUACCAUGAAUGUUUGCAAUAAAGUAAGACAUAAGGGAGUGAUAGUUUUAUUGAAGAAAAGAGAUGGGGUGAGCUUGGAUGGGUAUUACUAUUUGACUCAACACGUUGACAAAACUGAUGACAAGCACGCAUACGAUUCGAUCAAAGAAGAUUUUGAUCAACUAUACGAACGCGUGAUGUAUGGACACGCGAUACCUCCACAGGAUUCUCAUCUGCUGAUCCUGGAAACUUUGCUAUUUAGAAAUUUCUUUGUAAUCUCACAAUCUCAUUCAGCCUGGUUACGUGCAUUUCAUCAUUUAUCCAAUGAUCAAGUGUUGUUAUCUUUCAUCCUUGUAUUACCGCUUCUUGAACAUUGUCUAAGAAGGAUUUACGUUUGCGUGAACAAAGAUGUGCAAUCUCAUCGAAUGGGUACCGUGGAAGUUGGUGAAUAUUUUCUGACACUAGAUAUUAUUCUAGAAGAAAAGGUUGCUAGAGCUUUUUGCGGGAUUGAAGAAGUGAAGAAGGAUGAGGAACAAAUGAAUGAGAUUUAUUCGGAAUUCGGAGGAGACGUCAUGGAUUUACUCCUUGAUCUAUUUGUUCAUGCUGGUGGACCUAGGCUAAGAGAUCGUGUAGCUCACGGUGAAACAAAUCAUUUAAUUUCUUCGGAAUCAUUCAAUCUAUCCAAUCCCUUAUAUUGUCAAUCCUCGACGACUAAUGAGAUAAAACUUUAUGAGACUUGGAUAUCUAACUAUCGUUCUCGUUUUCACCCAAUUCCCUUACUUUGGAAAGAAAGCGUUCAAAUGAUUACGAAUGUAUGGAAAUGUUGGAACGUUUAUCGAGAAAUGGCAAAAACUGGCAGGUUUAUGAUGGGUAAUUGGAUCGAACCCUCUUGGGUUAUGAUAAGUGAAAAUCCCGAAGAUUUUAGCUUGUUUGAGCAGGGGUUCCUCAAAAAUAUUGUGGAAGCAGACAAUAUAUUCAUAGUUGUACAGGAUUGUUGUACGAGACUUAAUAAAUGUAAGUUCGGAGAAGCAAAGCACUUUGAAAAUAAUUCGAUUUAUUGGAGUCAAAUCAAGUUCACAAAAGAUGAUGCCAAGGUUAUUAAUUUUAGGCGUGGGGUGAUCAAGAAAGCCAAUGCUGGGGUUGAAAAGUUACAUUCAAUACUUAUAAAUUUACAUUCAUCAAAUUCUUUAUCAUCACGUAAACGUAAGAAUACUCAAUCAUUAUUUAAUUUAUUUCCCAGAAUUUUUCAACAAUUAUAUUUUGCAUUGUUAACGCUUGAACAGACUAGAAAUCAAAAAGCAAUGUUGUCAAAAUUAGUGUUUGUUGAAAGAUGGAAUGGAUUUUGCGUUGAAGGAAAUUAUAAAGAUAUCAAUGGAGCAUUCGAAGAAUUACUUAAACAUUCUAAAACUGAUGAUUAG